AUGGGGGUGGCGACCUGUGUUGUGACCGGAGGCGAGGAGGUCAGGUAUAUUACCCGGGAGGAAGAACUGAGGCCUCCACUUCGCCACUGGACGAGGAUCUGUCAAGAACGCCUGGCUGUCUUGGAGGACAAGCCUAGUGUGCUCAAGAAGCCUAAUGUGCUCAAGGAGAAGCCUAGUGCCUUUGUGGAGGAUCACCCUAUUAUCGUGCUGGAUGAGAAUCAACCCAUAACUACAACUACCACUACAUCUACAAGUCCAGGUAUACAGUGCGCGUUCAGAGACACGAGCUGUCAGACGUACCAGGUGUGUCAGCCCACCAGAGCCACCAAGACGCUGUGUAACACCUGCUACGUGGCCAAUACUAUCCCCAUCCAGGCCAGCGACAUCUGCGGGGCCGAACAGCUCAUUGACAAGGCCCUCAACCAGUGUGUCCCUCGCCCUAAAGCGACAGACCUGUGUCCGGCGCCCACGACUCCUCCUCCGACAGUGCCCAUCACCUCCACCAACGUGCUCAGAUGCUCAGACCAGCAGACUAGACCCAAGGAGGAUUGGAUCGUCAAUCGGUACUGUCAAGUGUUCGCCCUGUGCGACGCCAAUAAGACGUUUAAGGGUCGUCAAGAACUGUGCACCAACUACUACCAGUGUAACAAGAACCCCAACGGGUCGUGGAGCUUCGAGCUGAGAAACUGUCUCCCCCCAUUAAUGUACAGCUUCACUACUGACAGCUGUGUCCCCCGUCCAUCAG